UAAUAAUUCGCCGUUUCCACAUCAAUUUGAAUCCAAAAACCCUAACGGGACCAACCCCAGUUUCCCGCACACACUUCUUGUCUCUUCUCUCUCUCUAUAUUUUGGGUUUCAUUGUUGGGUGCUGAAGCAAAUUUGCGGUGUAGCAGAGGCAAUGGAGGUUCAAAGUCUCAGCUUUGAGAAUAACAUUUUGUGGGUUGGCUCUUUUGUGGAGGCUUUGGUGCUUGACACUUUCCUUGCCACUGCCAAAUCUCUUGCUUGCUUUGUCAUCUUGACUGGAUCUCUCCUUACGGAUGUCAAUAAUUUAGUGUCACCGAUGGUGGAUGGAAGGUUUCCUUUAGACCAACUGUGCAAGGGAAAACAUACUUCUGAAGAAAACAAGGAUGCUAGUGAUACAGAGGAUGAUGAUGAUGAUGACAAUGUGAAUGAUGGAGAGGACGACAAUGAUGACGAAGAAGACGAGGAUUUCUCUGGUGAUGAUGGCGGGGAAGAAGCUGAUUCUGAUGAUGAUCCUGAGGCCAACGGUGGAGGUGGGAGUGAUGAUGACGAUGGGGAUGAUGACGAGGACGAUGAUAAUGAUGAAGAUGAUGGAGAUGAAGAUGAUGAAGAUGAAGGGGAUGAUGAUGAAGAUGAGGAGUCUCCACAACCACCUUCUAAGAAGAGGAAAUGAGAAUUAUACUAGUAUGAAAAAAUUGUCAUCUUCCUGCCUUUUGUAAUGCUUUCUAGUUUUUAGUCAAAUUUAGUUCUUAGGACAAGGAUUUACCAGCUUGGACCUGUCACCCCAUGCUUUUAUUGUCUAAUAUCAUAACUUAUAAACAUUAGUAUAUUCUCAUGUUACGAUGUUGUUAGCUUUGGAAGGCAUUGUAGUCUGUGGCAAAAAUGGUUCAGGUCAUGGUACUCAUUUCCUUUUUCGUUGGGCUUGUAAGUCUGCCAUUUCUAGAAUUACACCGACCUCCCUCAGUUUAUUACUUAUUACAUGCCACUUCUUAUUUAAAAUUGUA